UCCACUUCUCCCUUAUCCCAUCAAAAUACAGGUUUGGAGUAGAUGAAGGAGCAGAGCGGUGGAGAAAGCCAUGACUUCCACCGAGGACAUACUGAAUUCGAGAAACUCAGCACACCAGCAAGAAGCGUCUGCUGGAGUCUUUGAAUGGACUGUCGUGAACUUCUGAACAAGGUCUGGUCUGGAGAGUGAGUUUGUGAGUCUUCAGUGCAUUGGUGGCUGUUGAAAGCUUGAUGAUAGAUGAUCACUCAGGAAAAGGAGGACUGGGUAGUAAGAGGAGUGGCCCUUGGACCUAACUGUGUGGAAGUUUAAAGCUUUAGGAAUGACCCAGCAUAAGAGACUGAAAAGUAGGCGAAGGAAAUCAGAAAAGUAUGGUUGAUGGGAGCAAGCCUAGGGCAAAAAGUGCUUCUAAGAUGAGGAUGUGGUCAACACUGGAAUGCUGCUGAGGCAUCAAGCCAGAUUCGGGCUUACAGUUGACACUGGCUCUUGUCACAAGAUAGUGUCUGGUGACUGUGAACGUAAUCAUUUUGCUGGGGUGAUGGGGAGAUAGGAGCCAGGUUGCAGGGGGGUGGGGAGUGUAAGCAAGUGAAAAGUGAGGAAAUGAACACAAGUGUAGUAGACAGUUUUCAACAAUUUUCUAGAAAAGGCAGAGAGAGAGAGAGAGAGGGAAAGGGACAUCAGAGAUGUGAGGAGAUGACUCAACCCAUAGGAAAAAUAAGCAGAGAAGCGUUUACAACGUUGACAGCCACUGCUCCCUUUCACCAACGGAAGAAACUGAAGUUUACAGAAGUUAUCUCCCUCCCAGCUGGUAUUUAGGGAAAACUAGAUUUGACGUCAUGUUUGUUCAAGUCAAGGCAACACAGAAGAAGUUCCGUGUAGAAUGUUCUGGAUUCUUCAGUGUGAACGCAGCCAAUUUCUAGGCUUCAGAGUUUGACCCUCAGAUUUCUCAUCAUCUUGGUCUUGUCCUUUCUCCAAAGACGAGAACGCCACAGGCAGAGAGAAGAUACUUCUUACCUCCUGGGAAAUCACUUUGGAAUUAUCAUACCUCUGGACUUCGUGGGUACCUUUAGCAACCGAUGGUCCUACGGCCUCGCCUUUGGGGCUACAGCAAAUAAAGUCAUGUUCUUGUUCUCGGAAGGCUACCAGCCCCUGCAGGUCCCACAGUGGGCACAAGCCUUUGUGCUUCUAAUCGGAGGCAUUGAAGUCGGCCUGUCCCAUUUCCCCUUCUUUGCCUGCCUCUCGUCGGAGUUCCAGCUGCUCAGCUCCAUCCUCGGCUUCAGCUACUCUCUGAUCUGGUUUGCAGUCACUAUUCUUCACAUCAUCCAGUGUCCCCACGGGCAGCUUCUGGGGAGAUAUGAGACCCUGGUGUUGUACUGGCCCUCACUGAUGUGCUUGGUCUUCCUGUUGGGUCGCUUCCUGCACAUGUUUGUCAAGUCUCUGAGGGUCCGCCUGGGCUGGGAUCUCCAGACAGAAGAAAAGCCUUUCCUGGAAGCUCACCAGGCAAAGCAUGUCAAACAGCUUCUGAGGAAGGCCCCUCCCCUACAGAGAGAAAAGUCUUGGUUCCAAAGCAGGAUAUAUGAAUGGGACCCCUGCUUUCAGUUCCCAAGCAGAAUGAUUGGAACUACAGUGCUAGCUUUCAUCUGCCUGUAUCUUUUCAUUGUCAUUGAGUUCUGCAUGUUCUUGCAUGUGAGAGACCAGCUGGAUGUGUUUGAAGACCAACUGGAAAGCUAUAUUGCCUUCCGGAAUGAGACGGGAACUCUGACCUCAGUUGUUCUGCAGGUUAAAGAGCUGAUAAGUGUCACCAAAGGAGCCUGGGUAGUGACCAUUUUGCCUGCCUCUCUCACAUGUGUGAGUUAUCUUUUCCACAUUUUGGCCUGUUACAGAAAGCACAUAAAGAGAUUAUGGGCAGGAGACAAACACUUUCUCCCGUUGAAGUUCCAUAACCCUUCCUCAUCAGCGAGUGUGGUGGCCAUUGCAAGGUAUUCUGGCUGGCAAAUAGCCUAUAUCCUGUGGGGCUACCUCAUCGUUCAUGUGAUGCAGAGCCUGUGUGGCGUGGUCCUCAUGUACAGCCUGGUGUUGCCCAUUGUCCAUAACCAAGGCCUGGAGCUGCUCCAGAGGCUGGGCAUCGGCGUCCUCACCAUCGCCAUCGUCCUGGGUCUCAUGAUCCUGCAGGUGUGGAUCGCCACCAGCUUCUUCCUGCAGCAAAAGAUGGAUGCAGGUGACAGGCAGAAGCCCUUGGCUCUCAACAACAGGAAGGCUUUCCACAAUUUCAACUACUUUCUGUUCUUCUACAAUGUGCUGCUGGGCCUGGGCGCUUGCCUCUCGCGGCUCCUCAUCAGCUGCGUCCUGGGCUCCUGGUUGAUUGCCCGCAUUGACAGAACCAUCCUGCAGAAUGGCUAUGAGGGAGCAGACAUGGGGUUUGGUGCGUGGAUUGGCAUGCUCUAUGUGGACCACUAUCACACCAACCCCGUGCUUGUCAGCUUUUGUCACAUCCUGAUCACAGGCCACAGGGAGAGGAGGCAGCAGCAGGCUGUGACAUAUUGGUACCUAAACCAGUCAACAGGUCCCCGCAUCUCAGCCCGGUCCAGGACCAGGUGGCUCCUGCUGCAGACCCUGAUCAACAACCCCAAAUUACUCAUGUGUAGAAAAUCAAAGCCAGGCCAUAGCUCCCGGGACUUCACCCAGAUUCUGCUGGCAUGCUCAGAGAGCUGACCCUUGCCUCUACCAUUGCAAUAAGGCCAUUCCAGAUGACUGCGCUGGGGUGGAGGCCUGGCAGCUUAACAGGUGUCCCCUGAAAUGGGAUGAACAGCCACUGCCCAGGAGGAUGGCUCACAGCACAGGUCACUCGUGGGAUGACACCUGCACCAAACAGUGAUGUCCCAGGUCUGAUUUCACCCUGUUGGUAAAAAGAACAGUCACCCAAGAGAAUUUCUGUAGAACAUUUCACCCAAUAAUGAUCCCUCCCCCCCACCCACAGGACUUGAGUUGACUACAGGAAGAGCUUUAUGUCACUGGAGAAGGUGAUACAUUUUCUCUAUCAGCCAUCUGGAGAUGGCUUAGCCAUGGUUCAUGGGCCUUCCAUGUGUAAAACCUGGGCUUAGUCCCUGGCAUCACGUGGGAGACCGUGGACAGCACUAGGGACAGCAAACAGCUAGAGCAGGGCUUUGGUCUCUCUCUCUCUAUCUCUUUCAAAAUGUAGAAUAAAAAUUUCAUCAGGGGAGGUGACUCAGUGGCAUCAUGCAUCCAUGAGGACCUGAAUUCCCUGAAACUGCAUUAAAAAGACAUCAGGAAAGUAUAACCAUUGACAGAGUUUUCUUCUGAAAGAUAAUAUGUCCAUUCUCCACCCAGCUCAUCGCUCUGUCCUUUCUUUUUUAAUGUAUUAAUUUAUUUCAGAUAGAGAUAGAUAAAUAGAGAGGGAAGGGGGAGAUAAGAGAGAGAGAGAGAGUGCUGCAGGUGGGGACUGGGGGCUUAGACCAGCAUCUUGAGUAUGAUAAUGUGUGCUCUACCAGAUAUGCCACCGCCAAGCCUCCAUUGCUUUGACCUUUCAUGCCUUAUGGUAGUGAGAAAAAGGAAUAUUCAUUACUAUAGUCUCCAGUCUACUAUGACCUCACUGCUGAGGAAACCACCUGACUGACCGCGACAUCGCCAGAAAUGAUGCACAGGGCUGGAGAGAUGGCUUACCAGGCAGGGUGCAUGUCUUGCUAAAUGCACAACCCAGAUCCGGAGAGAUGAAAUCAUGCAUGCAAACAAACAAACAAACAAGGGUACAGGGCCAAAUGGCGAUGCACCUGGUAAAGCACACACAUUGGUUACCGUGCCUAAGGACCUGGGUUCAAGUCCUCACCUGCAGGAGGAAACUAUGAGCAACGGAGCCGAGCUGCAAGUCUGUCUAUGUCUCUAUCAGGAGGAAAAAAGAAAAAAGGAGAACAGAUCCAUGGAGUCUCUCUGAUAAGGAGGGAUCACCUGGAAAAGUCAGCUGUCUGCAGGGGCAUUCAAGGUGGGGUAAAGAAAAGAGUCAAGUGUGGGGUCAGGCAAGGGUGAGGCAUGUCUAAAGAGGGUAACAUCAGGUAUGUGCAGCAAAAGUUUCUGGGGUUGGUUAGACAGUUCCAAGGAUCCCCAGGCUGGAAGGUCUGAGCAUUCCUUUGUUCAAGGAACCUUUUACUUGGCCAAAUUCUUCUUCAGGCUCAAGAAUAAUGUCUCUGGAGCUAAGGAGACAGCAUAAUGGUUAUGCAAAAGACUUGCAUGCCUGAGGUCCCAAACUCCCAGGUUCAAUCCCCAGCAUCACUGUAAGCCAGAGCCAGCUCUGGUAGCUCUCUCUGUGUAUCUUUCUCUCUGUCAUUAAAAAUAAGUAAAUAAAUAGAAUAUUUUUAAAAAAGAAUAAAGUCUCUGAUGACCCAGA